AUGGAUGUAUCCCCAGUGCCUGCAAAUGUGUCGGAGCUGCCCGCUCCCUCUGUCCCAGCUGACUGGGACCCCUUCCGCCAGCCCCUGACCUCCAUCCAGCCCUGGCACUUCAAGCUGCUGGCAGCAGUGAUGCUGGUGGUGACCUCCCUGUCGCUGGCCGAGAACCUGGCUGUCGUCCUGGUGACCUCUAAGUUCAAGCAGCUGAGACAACCCAUCAAUUAUGUGAUAGUCAAUUUGUCUGUGGCUGACUUCCUGGUCUCACUGACUGGUGGCACCAUCAGCUGCUUAGCCAACCUAAGGGGUUACUUCUACAUGGGACGCUGGGCUUGCGUGCUGGAAGGGUUUGCUGUCACCUUCUUUGGCAUCGUUGCCCUGUGGUCUCUUGCUCUUCUGGCUUUCGAGCGGUACGUUGUGAUCUGCCACCCGCUGGGAAACAUGCGUUUGAGGGGGAAGCACGCAGCCCUCGGCAUUGCCUUCGUCUGGAGUUUCUCUUUUGUCUGGACUGUUCCACCAACCAUGGGCUGGAGCAGCUACACCACCAGUAAGAUUGGGACCACUUGUGAACCUAACUGGUACUCCCGAGCUUAUACUGAUCAUACCUACAUUAUUAAGUUCUUCACCACCUGUUUUAUAGUGCCGUUAUUAGUGAUUUUGGUAUCCUAUGGAAAAUGGAUGCAGAAGCUAAGAAAGGUGUCGGAUACGCAAGGCAGGCGGGGAACAGCCAGGAAACAGAGACGGGUGACUAGAAUGGUGGUUGUCAUGAUUGCUGCGUUCCUAAUCUGCUGGACACCGUACGCCACCUUUUCUAUCCUGGUCGCCGCGUGCCCGUCCGUGGAGCUGGAUCCUCGGCUGGCAGCAGUUCCAGCUUUCUUUUCCAAAACUGCUACUGUUUAUAAUCCGAUUAUUUAUGUCUUUAUGAACAAACAGUUCAGGAAGUGUCUGAUUCAGAUGUUCAGCUGCGGUAACACAGAGAAGGCCGAGUCCAAUGUGAACCCCACUUCAGAGAGAGCAAUGCUAACCCAGGACAGAAAAGGGAGUGAGAUGUCCAGCAUGGCAGCGCGUACCACCCUUUCUGGCAGGAAAACUGGGGGUGAAUACAGAAAUUGCUGUUCUUUUGCUCAGCUGGCAGCUUCAGAAAACAAAAUCUGUCCCAUGUAG